AUGAAGUUCCUCACACUGGCAGCGCUGUCUACUGAGACCCUUGCUCUUGCUGUAUCCGAGACCAAGCGACAAUCCUCUGGUGCACCUACCGUGACGGUCAAGAACGGAACGAUCUCUGGCGUCCAUUCGAACACCUAUGAUCAGGACUAUUUCCUCGGGAUCCCGUACGCUCAGCCACCGGUGAAUGAGCUGCGCUUCCGUAACCCGCAGAGCUUGAACACGACGUACGACAGUACUUUGCAGGCGACGGAGUAUGCACCAGAAUGUGUUGGGUAUGGAGGCGAUCAGAUCGGCUAUCCUGUCUCUGAGGACUGUCUGGUGUUGAACGUCGUUCGUCCGUCUGGUUGUGAUGGCCAGGAUCUACCUCUUGGCGUGUGGAUCCAUGGUGGAGGGCUGUAUAUGGGAGGAGCUACCGAUGAGAGGUACAACCUGAGCUUCAUUGUUCAGAACAGUGUCGAUAUUGGUCGACCCAUCAUCGGCGUCUCUAUUGCAUACCGCCUUUCUGCUUGGGGCUUCCUACAGUCUCAAGAGGUCUCCGGAAGCGGUAACACGAAUAUGGGCCUUCGUGACCAACGUCUAGCCCUGCACUGGAUACAUGAGAACAUUGGUGCUUUCGGCGGAGACUGUUCCAAGGUUACGAUCUGGGGCGAAAGUGCCGGAGCUGCCUCAGUCGGCUGGCAUCUGAUGGCCUACAACGGCAGAGACGACAAUAUCUUCCGCGCGGCCAUUAUGGAGUCCGGCAACCCCGUGCCCUAUAACAGCUACCGCGAUAACACUUUCUUCCAGCCGAAGUAUGACCAUGUCGUGAAGGCUGCUGGAUGUGCGCAUUCCAUCGACACCCUCGACUGUCUUCGCUCUGUGCCUUACAAGAAACUCAAUAACCUCUUCAACACCAGCUCUGCUGGAGACUGGCAACCGAUCGUCGACGGCGACUUCGUAGCCAAGUUUGGCAGCAUCCAGCUAGCCCAAGGCGACUUCGUGAAGGUGCCUAUCAUGGACGGCGCCAACACAGAUGAGGGCGUCUCCUUCGGUCCAAUGGGUGUCAACAGCACCCAAGACUUCAUCGACUUCGCCUCCAGCGACGAAGUCCAAGCCACCCUCCCCCGCUACUUCGCCGAAAUGCUCCCAGACGUCUAUCCCAAUGAACCGGAAUACUGGAUCCCUGGCGUCGAGACGGUGGGCAACUACACCUACACGCAACCCUUUGGCAAAGGACACCAAUACCAGCGCAGCGCCGCCUACUUCGGCGACGUAGUCAUGAUCGCCAACCGUCGCGGCGCCUGCCAGGCCUGGGCCGCUGCUGGCGUCCCGGCGUACUGCUACCGCUUCAACACUCGCCCUGCCGGAUCAGACUUCGAGGUCGGAGUCACGCACUUCCAGGAAGUCGCUUUCGUCUUCGACAACACCCAAGGCGUAGGCUACAACAAGGCUCACGGGACUGUGAAUCCUUUCCAAGGCAAGCCGCAGAGCUACCAGCAACUGGCGAAGCUGAUGAGUUCGUCGUGGGCGUCUUUCAUCGCUACUCUGGACCCAAACGGGUUUGAGGGGCGGUAUGCGCAGGCGGAGGCGUGGCCGAAGUAUAGUGUUGAGGAGCCGCAGAAUAUUGUCUGGGAUGCGAAUACCACGGCGCUGGCAUAUGCCGAGCCGGAUACGUUUAGGCAGGAGGGCAUUCAGUGGAUUUUGGAUCAUGCGUUGGCGUAUCAUCGUUGA